AUGAACCUAGCGCUGAUGACCUUGUACAGACUACAUGUCACUUUCAUUGAUAAAGAUGGUGAUCGCCACACGUUCGAGGUUUCAAAGGGGGACAACCUGCUGGAUAUUGCGCAGGCUAAUGACCUGGAGAUGGAGGGUGCCUGUGGCGGUUCCUGUGCGUGUUCUACCUGCCAUGUCAUUGUCGAAGAUGAGGAAAUAUUCGACAAGAUCCCCGAGGCCUCUGACGACGAGAACGACAUGUUGGACCUUGCCUUCGGGUUGACGGAAACGUCGAGGCUGGGCUGCCAGGUGGAAAUGACACCUGAAUUAGAUGGGCUGGUUGUAAAGCUGCCGCAAAUGACACGCAACCUUCAAGCUUCAGAUUUUGAGAAUCGAAGCUGA